AUGUCCAAAAAAGAAAAACUUGUAAUGAUCUCGUCAAGCCUUCCGAUCCCGAUCGGACGCCCGAGAAAGCCCGACCCCGCGCCACCUAGACAAAAGAGUCGGUCUCGCCUCCUCACACCCCACUCGACAGGCUCCACACCGGACCACCUCGCCGCCACCACCGCCCCGCCGCGUCCCCCGCCGCGAUCAACCGCCACUUCCCCCUCGCCUUUCGCCGGCGGCCUCCCCGCCACCGCCAUGCAGGCCCGCGUCGUCGUCUUCCCCAUCAGGGGCCGCGCCUGGUGUUUCGCCCGCCCGCGCCCCGUCCUCCCCGCCACCUCCGCCUCCGCCUCCGCCGCGGGCAGCGGCGCUCUCCUGCCGCCGCCCACCCUCAAGGACCUCUGGCUCGGGAUCUCCGCCGGCGGCCGCACGGCGCCCGAGAACGCCGAGGCCGUGGCCGACUUCGUCGCCGACAAGAUGAACAGGGCGUGGAUUGGUUUCGGCAGCGCGCCGGAGGGAUCAGUAAAGAGGCGGAUCCACAGCUUUGGGUUAAAGCUGCUUUCGCGGGUGCGGCCAUCAGAGACUCUGUUGAAGUCACUGACCAAGGAUGUCUCCAUGCUUGAAAUCGUCCACCCUGCAAGUAUAAAUCCUCGUCUCGUGCGCCGACGCCUGCGGCACAUUGCUGUUAGGGGUGCAGCUAUUCACAAAAAAUAUCUGUAUGGCAGCAUUUGCAUGCUUCCAGUAACGAGCGUUUUCAUGGUACUGCCUUUGCCAAACAUACCAUUUUUUUGGACGCUGUUUCGAGCUUAUUCUCACUGGCGAGCUCUCCAGGGAAGCGAGAGACUCCACUUGCUAGUUUCAGACUGCUCAGGUGAAGGGAAAACCCUUCUCGAGAAGAAAAAUGGAAUGAGUACAAGAAAGGAUGACGACUCACAGUAUGCUCCGUGGAACUUUCAGCCAUCACAGAAGCUCGAUGGGUUCCUUAAGAGGAGAGGCUUGGACCAGGGUCUGGAUUGCGACACUAUUUCAAGGAUAUGCCAGACGUACGACUUGGACAAGGUUGAUGUCCUGAAGUACAGGGAUCUGGAGUGGCCUAGCUCAGCUUCUCGCACUACCUAG